AUGGGGCAAAUGGCUGGGACCCGCCACCACCUCACCGCCUGCCCGCCUCACGCUGCCACCAUUAGAAACGGUGCAGGAGGGGUGGCCCUGGCCCAACAGCCGCGGCCACCCUGCCACCAUCGGGUCAGACUAGUGGCCCCCGUGAGAAAACGAAAAAUGAAAAUUCCUGCUAGAGAAUGGUCCAUGAAGGAUCCAAAUGAAGACGCUGAAUGGAAUGAUAUACUGAGAGAUUUUAGAAUUCUUCCACCAAAAGACAAAAUUGAAGAAAUGGUUUUACACUUGCAGAAAGAAGCACAAGGGGAACCAUAUGAAUGAAUGAAUCUUGCACAAUUAAAGGAAGCUGAAAAUGACUUUGACGAGGCUAUUGAUAGGAAAGCUAUUGAAACAUACAGGCAGCAACACUUGCAAGAACGGAAAUGUCUUCAGAGGAUGCAAAAGUAUGGGGAACUAAGAGAAAUUUGUGGAGAACAGUAUGUAAAGGAAGUUACAAAUGCUCCAGAGGAUGUUUGGGUUAUAAUUCAUCUUUAUCGGUCAAGCACUCCUACGUGUUUACUGGUUAACGCACAUCUCAGCCUGCUAGCCGUAAAGUUGCCAGAAGUCAAGUGUCCCAAAGCCGUUGCAAAGAGCUGCACUCAGAAUUACUACGACAGACACUCACCCACAAUACUUGUAUGUAAAACCGGUGAAAUAAAAGGCAGGUUCCUUGGAGUAGCUGAAUGUGGGGGAAUAGAUCUUAAAGCAGAAGAGCUUGAAUGGAAACUAGCAGAAGUUGGAGCGACAGAAACCAGCUUGGAAGAAAACCCCCAAAAGGACACUAUGAAUAUAGUGACACUGUCAGUGCAAAAUAUUGUUCGUGAAGACACCAAUACAAAAAGCAGUGAUGUGAUGAAACCACCUAUUACUUAA